UGCAGUGGUGAAGGACUGAAGUUUACAGCUUCACAGCUGUUGUUUGGCGGUGUUAGCUUGGACCACAAACCAUAAAACAUGUCUGAGAAGCGCGAGCUGUAAGGAGGACUGACAGGUAGGACCGUUGACCGUUGCCAAAAGAACGUUGCAAGAGAAGGAGUGUCAGCGCAUACCUCAGCCAGCUGAAGAUAUUUGGUGGUCGGAAAGACAUGGACUCAUUAAAGAAGGAGCUGGAGGAGGAGCUGAAGCUCAGCACUGAAGAUCCAAAGAGCCAUGCAUGGUACCACGGACCGCUGAGCCGAGAGGCUGCAGAGUCUCUGUUUGAGAGGGACGGAGACUUCCUGGUGCGAGACUCAAGCUCUGCUCCUGGUGACUACGUUUUGAGCUGUUUUUGGAAGAAUGUGCCCCUGCACUUUAAGAUCAUAAAAGUGGUCCUUCGUCCCAAAAAGGGCUACUCACGGGAGCUGUUCCAGUUUGAGGAGGAUCGCUUUGACAAUGUUCCCGCUCUAAUCCGAUUCUAUGUGGGCGAUCGUAGGCCUAUCUCCCAGGCCUCAGGCGCUGUGAUCUUCCACCCAAUCACACGGACCCUUCCUCUGCGUGUCAUCAAUGAGCGACAUGCUGAGCACAAAAACAGCAGCGGCAGAGGUGCAGGGGAAAAAAAACGACGCAGCUUCAGCUCUACUCACAUGGAAACUCUGCAGGUCAUCAAUCCACUGCUGAGGAGUGGAAGUCAGCCUGCAAACUUGGAGAAUGUUGGGAGGAGACCUUCACUGCAGUCUGCACAAUCUGACAGCAACCUAAGGACUGUUGCUCCACAGAAAACCGAAUCAGAGGACACUGGCCCCACCCCCAUCUCUCCUGUGUUUCGUACAGGCAGCGAACCCCUGCUGAGCCCACGACCACGACACACACGGCCCUUGCCUCCAGGUGGUGGUGUAACUUUGCGAGGUUCAGACGGACAGCUGCACCCCAGAGCUCCUCCUAAACCUCUCCGGGUCUCCGCUGUCUUCCAAAACGCCGUCCCUCCCCCACCCACAGACUUAGACCAUGAUCCCUCCUCUUUCUACGAUGAGCUGGUCGUCCAGGUUCCAGAGUCCAGGAAUAGAGGCCAUGUGGACAGACUUCGAGCAGAGGAGAAGUGGCAGAGCCGAGCUCGCCUCACUGAGACUUCUUUUGGUUUUCUGGAGGCUCAUAGAGAAGCAGCGGCACCAGAGCUGCCAUUACUACCACAGAAGAAGAGGGCAGUAGAAGACUGGCAUUUUGAAAAGCCACAAGUGGAGUCCGAGUCGUGCUUCCAGUUGGAUCAGUUUGAGUCGCUGCUCUUACCGGAGAACAACCGACCUCUUGAUCCCAACGUCCUUCUUUCCCUCAAAGAAGUCUUCAAUCGCUCAAAUGCAGACGCCAUGGCACUGCACAUGCUCAGUGUGGACUGCCAGGUUGCACGCAUCGUAGGGGUGACUGAUGAACAGAAGAGGAUUAUGGGAGUUGAAUCCGGGCUGGAGCUUGUCACUUUGCCACAUGGACACCAAUUACGACAGGAUUUGUUAGAAAGGCAUCAUCUAAUAGCUCUGGGAGUCGCGGUGGACAUCCUGGGCUGCACGGGGACUGUGAGCCAGAGGGCAGCUGUUUUACAUAAACUAAUCUCAUUGGCUCAGGCCCUAAAAGAACAUGCACACGACCUCUACUCCUUCUCAGCUGUGAUGAAGGCUCUGGAGAUGCCUCAGAUAAUGCGGCUGGAGAUGACGUGGCGAGCGCUGAGAAGGAACCACACGGAGACUGCUGUAUUAUUUGAGAAGAAACUCAAACCAUUCAUGAAUCAGCUGAAUGAUGGAGACGACUCUGAAGUCCAGGGUCCGAUAGCUGUUCCACACCUGGUUCCUCUGCUGAUGGCCAUGGAGGGUGAUGACCCUGUGGAGAACAGUGAGCUAGGCUGUCAACUCCUCUACAACGUCCUCCAGUCAGCCCGCUGUGCAGCGCUGCACGCACAGGAUUAUCAGAAGCACGCUCACUCUCUGCUCACAGCAGGCUGGGAGCCGAUCCCCGAGCUGCUGGAGGCUUUCCGGACAGAGUUUGCCCUGCGGCUGUUCUGGGGUCAGUCUGGAGCAACGGCUGACAGAGAGGAGCGCUAUGAGAAGUUUGACAAGAUACUCUGUGUCCUGUCUGAUAAACUGGAGCCUGUGGAGAUCACCCCACUUCAGCCUGACCCUCUAACCUGAACCUCAGGAGCGAAUGAUGGAAUCAGCACUUUCUUCAGCAGAGGAAAAUAAAAAAGGCGGUACGCAAGGCGGAGAUCUCCCCCUGAGAUCUCACAGACAUAAAGAAAGGUUAUCUUUGAUAGGUGAGAUACUGUCGAGAAAAGUGAAGCUUAUAAUGGAAAAAAUUACAUCUGAGCAGUGUUCUCCCUGGACAGUCCUUCGCUGGAGAGGGCUGACUUUGUUUUAGUUUCCUUUUUAACAGAAAUCUGGGGAUGCUUCCCCAAAAAUGUGCUUACUUGUUGUUUACUUGUACAAAUGUUUAUUUCUGAAACUCUUGACACUUUUUUUAUUGAUCCACACCACCUGUUUGAUACUUGAGAUUCAAGAAGACCAACAAGAACAUUAUUAAAAUUGAGUUUUUUUUGUACAUAAGCUGCUGCUGUGAGGAACCACACUGGAAAUUUUGUUUUAUAAUGCCAGCGUUUCAGAUGCAAUAAUGUUUUUUUGUCUUUGCACCUAAAUCUUUUCAUAAAGAAUUCUUGAAAACAAAAAAACACAUCGUGGAGCGUUCUUUCUUUUUUACUUUAUAACUCAAAUGAUACAUGUAAAUACAUACAAUUUUUAAAAAUGCAUCAUACAAAAGAAACCCUUACAUGUCUGCUAGUGCAGGAAAGAGAAAGAAAGGUAAACAUAUAAUGGCUCAAUGAGGAGAUCCCUUUAUAAAUGUGUUUUAUUAUUUUUAGUUUGUGUAGAGUUGGCAGUGAUAGGUUUUCUUAAAGCAGCGGUUCUCAAACCAUCGUGCCUCGGGACCUCCCACCAUCUCCUUAAUGAGAAACUACAACCCUAUUAAUGAACAUUUUUAGCCUCUGAGAUUCAUGUAUAGAUAGAUGUUGCAGUUUGAACCUUGGAUGGAGGAAAAUAUAUGUCUGAACAAAGAAACAGAACAAAAUAAAACAUGUUUAUAGAGCGCAUCAUUACAGAAGACCUUGAAAGAAAUGCAUUCACAGAACUGGUAGCAUUUAAUUUUAGUGGGCCCUAAUUACCCAACAAUUUUAUAGUAAUAAGUGUAAUUAUUCAGUAAUUUCUCAAAAAUAAGGUAGUAAUUACCUAAUGAUAAGUUGGCAUUUGACAACUCAGAAACAUGGAAAUGUAAGGGCAAAUAUUACAUGAUUACUAGGUAUAAAUCAAGUAUCUACCUAGUAAUAAUGUAGGAUUUAUCAAGUAAUCCUUGUGAUAUUGUGGCAAUUUUCUGAUAUUAAGGUAAAAUAAAUAAAUUGUUCAAGAAUUACUCACUUUCAGUAAUUUUAGGUGCUUUUUGAAUGUCUUUAUUCAUGAUUUCUUUCCCUCCCUUUGGAACAAACUCCCUAAACAUAUCCAAUACUGCAUGGACUAACCCCACUCAAAUCACUGCUCAAAAACUCAUCUUUUUAAACUAGAUUUUAAUGCGUGAUUUUGAUGCUGUUAUUACAUGCCAAAAAACCAACAUGUCUUUUAAUCUAUUGCACAGUGUUUUUGAGUUUUGGAAAAGCGCUUUAUAAAUAAAAUGCAUCAAAACUUCCUCCAUGAGGCACAGGUGGCCUAGUGGUUUAAGGUGUACCCUAUGUACGUGGCAGCCCAGGUGCGAAUCCAGCCUGAGGCCCUUCACCACAUGGCUCUCUCAACCCUGUUUCCAACUCUAUUGAUAGAGGAUGACAGCAGAUGAAGGCCCAAAAAAGCCAAAAAAUAAACCUUUGAAAAAAAAAAAAAAACCUCCCCCAUAUUUCCCAUGCAUUUUUCAUAAAUCUUCCCCUAAAUUAAAGCGAGUCCUUUCCCCAUAGUUUCAUUGUAGUUUAAAGUUUUUUUUUUUUAAAUGUAUCCCUUCAGACAUUUAGGCUAAUUUGGGUAUUUUCUGAAUACAUUCCUACGGUGGCCUGGCAGUACAAUACAAAAAUACAAAGCCUGAAACACUUUUAUAAAGCUUCAAACAAACUGACAUCAACCAAAACAUUUUUACAUU